CAACCUCUGAGGAUGCCUGCCAUAGAUGUGGGCGAAACGUCAGGAGAGAAUGCUUCUGGAACAUGGCCACACAGCCCGAAAGACACACAACAACCCUGUGAUCCUGGCCAUGAAAGCCUUCGACAACACAUCGAGUUUAGCAUCUUCUGUCUCCAAUGGCGUCCCUGGUUAAAAAUGGCUGGGAAUAAUGUUGCCAUUCAUUUUCCAUGGAAAGGAUAAUAAAAAUGGGAAAUUUCCAAAAUAUUUUGUAUAGAAAGAUGUUGCCAUUUAAACAUUUGAUCCUGGAUUUGGCAAGAAGCACACAGGGCAAAGAGACAAAGAAUAGUGAAGACAACACACCAGAUCCAUCUGUGAAGACCUGGGCAGUUUGGCACAAAGUGGAUUUAACUCUGGGGUCUGGAAAAGGAGAAACCUGUUUCUCCUUUUUGUUUGUGGCAAACCUCAGAUCAUCAGAAAGGACCUGUUGUGUCAGUCCAAAGCCUCCUGAUUCUCAAAGUGAAUACUUUAAGCAGCCCCAUAGGUAAAGGUAAAGGUUUUCCCCUGACGUUAAGUCCAGGGGGUUGGUGCUCAUCUCCAUUUCUAAGCAGAAGAGCCGGUGUUGUCCAUAGACACCUCCAAGGUCAUGUGGCCAUGACUGCAUGGAGCGCCGUUACCUUCCCGCCGGAGCGGUACCUAUUGAUCUACUCACAUUUGCAUGUUUUCGAACUGCUAGGUUGGCAAGAGCUGGGGCUAACAGCGGGCGCUCAUUCCGCUCCCAGGAUUUGAACCUGGGACCUUUUGGUCUGCAAGUUCAGCAGCUCAGCGCUUUAACACACCGUGCCACCAGAGGCCCCAAGCAGCCCCAUAAGUCAUACCUCAUGGCCAUACAUGUCUGCCAGAAUUGCAGGCCCACAGGUAGCAUUCAAAGAGAUGUUCCCUUUGCUCCUGGACCUAACUGACAGCACUCAGAUCUAAGUGGCAAAACAGUUCCCUUUAGGGAAGAAGGGUUGUGAAUGCCACACACAAUUUAAAUGCUGUAAUAUAAGAACCUGUCACCCUCUAUUAAUCUACCAUUUUGUUUUGUUUGACAUUAAUCUUCUUGCUAGGUUUGAACAAGGGAUUUCCUCUUUUUUGUUGAGGUUCCAGUCACAUUUGAGGAAGUGUCCAUGUCUUUUCUCCCUGAGGAGUGGGCUCUCCUGAAUCCGGACCAGAGAGCCUUAUUCAAGGAGGUCAUGGAGGAAACAUGUAGGAUCAUGUCCACUCCUGGUAACUGGAAGUUGGGAAAGGCAUGUGACAAGGGUGAGAAAUCUCUUAGGCAAAACUUGGAAUUUUCCAGACAUAAGCAAAUCCAUACAGAAGAAAAAUGUCAUGUAGAGACAGUCUGCAAAUGUGCUAACUGUAGGAUAUGUUUUGGCCAAAAUACAGCACAUCUGUAUCACAAGAGAGUGCAGCCUGGAAAGAAAAACUUGGAAUGUGAAGUCUCUCUGAAAGAUGUUGAUUGCAAAUUGCACAAUGAAAUCCAUGGAGUAGAGACCUCAUACAAAUGCCAAGAGUGUGGAGAAUGUUUUGCUUCCAAGCCAAAACUUAUGAAACACCGGAGAAGCCACACAGGAGGAAAACCAUACAAAUGCCAGGAAUGUGGAAAAGUUUUGUUUCUAACUCAGCACUUCUGAGACACUUGAGACUCCACACAGGAGAGAAACCACACAACAAAUGGCAGGGGUGGGGGAAAUCUUGUACCCAAACUUCUCACGUUCACAGGAAAACACACAAAGGAGAAAAUUUAUACAAAUGCCAAGAGUGUGGAAAAUGUUUUGCUUCCAGGUAUGGACUUAAGUUCCACCAACGAGCCCACACAGAAGAAAAACCAUACCAAUGCCAGCAGUGUGGGAAAUGUUUUAUUUCCGAUUCAAAACUUCUGGGACACCAGAGAAUCCACACAGGGGACAAACCACACAAAUGUCAAGAGUGUGGGAAAUGUUUUAUCCAAAAUUCAGAACUUGUCAUCCACCAAAGAAUGCACACAGGCGAGAAACCAUACAAAUGCCAGGAGUGUGAGAAAUGUUUUGCUUCCAAGUCAAGACUUUUGAUCCACCAGAGAAUCCACACAGGGGAGAAACCAUACACAUGCCAGGAGUGUGGGAAAUGUUUUGUUGCCAAGGGAGGACUUCUGAGACACCAGAUAAUUCAUCAAGGAGAGCAACCACACAAAGGCCAGGGCUGUGAAAAACGUUACGCCCAGACUUCACAUCUUCACAUUGACCAGGCAUUUCACAUAAAAGGGGAACCAUACAUAUGCGAAGAAUGUGGAAAACAUCUUCCUUCCAAGUCACACCUUCUGAUCCAUGAGAGAAUCCACACCGGAGAGAAACCAUAUAAAUGCCAGGAGUGUGGAAAAUGCUUUGUUUCCAAGUCAGUGCUUCUAAGACACCAGAGAAUCCACACAGGAGAAAAACCAUACAAAUGCCAGGAAUGUGGAAAAUGUUUUGUUUCCAACUCAGCUCUUCUGAAACACCAGAGAAUCCACAAAGGAGACAAACCAUACCAAUGCCAGGAAUGUGGGAAAUGUUUUGUUGCUACAACAGGACUUCUAAGACACCAGAGAAUCCACACAGGAGAGAGACCAUAUAAAUGUCAGGUUUGUCAAAAAUGUUUUGUUUGCAACUCAGCACUUCGGAGACACCAGAGAAUGCACACGGGAGAGAAACCAUACAAAUGCCAGGAGUGUGGGAAACAUUUCAGCCGGAAUUCAACUCUUAAGCAGCACCAGAUAGUUCACAACAAAGAUAAAACAUAAAAAAAUCCAGCAGUGAGUAAAAUCCUUGGCUUUUGCAUCUGAGCUUUUCACACAUUGGGUUUCACGGAGAAAUAGCUAAAUCAUACAUUUGUUUUCACUGCAAGGACCAGCUAGUCAUAAUCCCCUCAAUUCAUAAAUCUGUCAUUUUUGAGGAUACUGUGUAAGACAGUAUGUUCCCUGAACACUAGGAAGAUUAUCCUAAUGUUUGGGGUUUUUUUGGAGUCUGCGUUUUAGUGAAUGAGAGCCACCGGUUCAGAUUUCAAUCUCAUUCCAUUUCCACAUCCUUGGAGACACUGCACCUGACCACAGAGAUUUGAGUUCAUGAAAAGUAACUGGAUGUUACACCCCAAGGUUACAGGAGCACCCUGAAAACCAGACAGGAGCCAGUAUCACACCAACCAGUCCUGGGGGCGGUGACGGCUGACAGGGAGCUCUGGUGUGGACUGGUUCCUGAGAUCACAAAGAGUCGGAGACGACUAAACGACUGAGCAGCAGCAUAUAUAUCUAUGUGCAGUUAGCGUAAAAAGUCAGUAUAAGAAAUAGUCUUUAAGGUAGAGUCUUUAACAGUUCAAAACAAGUUCAGCAAUGUCCCAAUUGUAAUCCACAAGUGAAACUCGUUAGUUCCACCAAGAAACCAAAGUUAGUCCAAUAACCAGGAAACAGGAACAAGACGCUGCAAAUCUGCAAACUGUAAUCCACUCAGAGAGUCCCAUUUCAAGAACAGGAAUAACAAGGUAAACAAGGCAAGGUCUGCACAAGAGUCACUGACGCAGCGCAGCUCGGCUGGAAAGGUCUUGACUCGGGAACAAGGAAAGCAAGGUAAACAAGGCAAGGUCUACUUGGAAGUCACGGGCGCGGCGCGGUUUGCCUGGAACUGGAAACCCAUCACGGAUGCAAGUCUGGAAAAGCAAGUGUAGGAGCUGGAUACUGGAACCUCUUCCGAGGAAAGUAAAGUUGACACCGCAAUGAGGAACACAAAGAGGAACAACUUUAAGGAGAUCCCAAGGUUGCAAGAUUAAGGGAGUACAGGACCCACAAAACUUCACAUGGGAAAAUUAGUCAUUAUCGAGUCUGAGAGCUAACUUUUUACUUCUUUGCACACCCUCCCUCUUACUCCUAUCUCUUGUAAAAGACUCCCUCCGAUUAAAAAGCCCAUCUUCGCCCAAAUCGACACCAUCUGAUGUAGGCAAAAUUGAUGAGGCCUCGGAAUGCUCUCCAAUUAGCGGAUCCUCUGCCGCUACAACAUCUGGCAGCUGCAAGGCCAAGGGGCCUCGUUCCAGGUCUGGAAUGUCUCCUAGAUCCGUAGUAUAAUAUGUUUCCAAAUCCAUCUCCUGAUGAAAUAUAGGCCAUGAUGGCUGAGCUAUAACACUGGAUAUUCUGUCACCACUUCUUUACUCCUUUUAGUCUGCACCUUCCUCACUAUAUUAUUUUUUUCUGUUUCUGGAAAGUUUGUGCAUUUUAAUUUGUUUAAUACAUCUUGUGUCCUUUUCUUUAGUAGAGACAUUUUGCAUGGUAACUACCUAUUUUUCAGGAUUAAUCCCCUAAAUCCCGAAUGCCAGUGUUCAGAGGGGGUUUGCCCUUGCUUUGCUCUUAAGCUGAGGAAGUGUGACUUGCCCAAGGCCUCUCAGUUGGUUUCCAUGAUCAAGUAGAGAAUCAAACCCCGAGUUCUAGUUUAACGCUUAAAACACUACGCCACACUGGCUUCCCUUUAGUGGUCUGUGGCUCUUACCAAAGCUAACUUUCUUAACCACUACGUGUCAUUUACUAAUAACACACCUGUCUCUACCUUGAGCAACAAGGCGAGAAUUACUGACAAUAAUCACCUUAUAAGACUGCUUUGGGAAAAUUCCAGUUAUUGGUUGUUAUGCCUUAUUUCCCAGAUGUCAACGUUGCAAUUGUUUUGAGCAACUACUUUUCCACUGGUGGAAACAUAUCCCACUGCUUUGUAGGUAGACCUCCAUCACAUUCUGCUACCCUGCAUGUCUUUCUGGACCAGUGGUCUGUGAACCACCAGUGGUCCCCAAGAACUAAAAUAUGGUCCGUGGUCCCAUCAUUACUACACCAUUGCAAUGCAGGGCCGGUCGGAGAUAAAUUUAAAUAUUAAGCGGGGGUGCUGAAAAGCGCCCCCCGCCGGCCCUGCCUCCUGCG